CAUGGGUUAGGGCAGCGUUGAUAGAAGAACUUGAACGACACAGAGGGUUGUAUGAUGAAAUGUGGUCCAGACAUGUGGUUAAUGCCUUACAUUCCCGACUCACUCUUCCUCCUGGUGAUCCGGCUACCGAGGAUAAAUGGAUGCAACUGCCAGAGAUGGGAUACCUUGUAGCAACCAGGUUCCAAGUGGUUUUCAUAUCCAUCUCCUCUACGGGUUGUUGGUCAUACCUUCCACUAAGAGGAGAAGGUCCACCGGAUGUACAUCCUGUUAUAGCUGUUGGUCAUGUGAUUAAUCACUUUGUACAGCUCCAUCUAACUCCUGGACAUUCUAUGCCGCCAAUUGCUCUCCAGUGGGAACGGUAUGUUGAUCCUACAUCAGUAAGCUGGUGCGCCCCAUAUGGUACACGUUUAGGAAGAUUCACAUCAGAAUAUGAAGCUUGGCUUGUUACUUUUGGUGUUCCUCUUAUUCACCAAAGCUAUGUAGACAUCACCUCAGAUUGACACCACACUUUUGUGUGAUAUUCAUUUGUAAACGCUCUGUAAUAUUAAUCUGAUGGGCCUUGCCUUUAUGAUGUUCAUUUGUUGCUUUUAAUAAUAUUAAUUUGAUGGUCAUUGUUAUAUUGAUGGGCCUUAUUAUUUUGAAUCAGCAUCAGGGAUAAUUAACAUAGACAACCACUCUGUCAUCAGAGUCCUGUCAUUUUCAUCCACCCCAUCAUCAGAGUCCUGUCAUUUACAACCACCCCAUCAUCAGAGUCCUGUCAUUUCCAACCACCCCAUCAUCAGAGUCUUGUCAUUUUCAUCCACUAAAUGACGAACUUGAAACCUGACAUUACUAUCUACCACCAACCAACCCCAACCACACUUGUAUUAUCCACCAAACACCAUAAAUCUUUUGACCAUUCUGCUAUAAAUCUCUCUGGGUUCUUUAUUCUUCUUCAUCCUUUUCUUCAUGUCUUGCUUUCGAAGAUAAAAAAAAACAAUGGAACAAGACUGGGAUGCAUUAGUCCGCCGUUGCAAACGUCAAGGCAGCACUUCUAGCAGCUCUCGUCCUCUCAUUCCUGGGCCAGCUGGCGCCGUCCAGGCUGCCAUGUAUGGGCGUAGAUCCAACCCUAACACACUACUCAUUCCGACCCAAGAAUUUGUGAGGCGUGCUCUCGAAGACAGAUCAACCGAAACCGAUCCUGAUUUCAAUUCAAAUGCUUGGCUUACAGCCCUGCAAUUGGUGGAAUCUGCCACUCCGCUGGGCACAAUCACAACGAAUGUUGAGAGAGUAGAGAGUGUUGUUGCUGUUAUUAAAUCAUGCACUCCCAAUGGUUUCGGAGAUGCCAAAGUUACCCUCAAGGUAUUUGCUCGCUUUUGUCCAGCUUCUUUAACCGUCAAUUUGUUGUCUCAUUUUCUCUCACGAUUGCAUUGAUUUAGGACCCUACGGGCACCGUUGACGCUAGCGUCCAUCGCAAGGCCUUCACUGACGGGGAAUUUAGGAAUGUCAUAACUGUUGGAUCUGUUCUUGUUCUCCAAAAGGUCUAUUACCUUAAACAUUAAUCUUGCUUCCUUUGAACAAGUACGCAUUAAUCUUUUAAAUUUGCAAUUUACUUGCAGGUUGCUGUGUUUGCACCGAGUAAAUCUGUUCGUUAUCUGAAUAUAACGUUGCCCAACAUAGUCAAAGUAUUUCCACAGGAUAGCGGACCCCACGACUUCAUCGAUAUCACUGAGGAUUAAUUUUGUUUUCGUGUUGCUUCUGAAUAAUUUCGUGUACCCUUUAAACUGUUUGCCAUGAAUUA